UAUGCUUAAGACAUUUCAAGGGAAGGGGAGUUUGAUCUCUCCUCUCCCAGUCCAGUUAUGUGCUUCCUGGUGUUGCGGUGUCUAGUAAUGGACAGGAGGAGUUGAUCAUCAUCAGAAGAACAGAAGGAAUGAGACCAGGGGCUGCCGCGCUCUGAGAGAGAGAGAGAGAUACGGGUGUGAGAGCUGAAUGAGAGGGAGGGGUGUGAGUGCCAGAGAGAGUAGCGAGGGAGGGGUGUGAGUGAGAGUUUGAGAGAGGCGGCACAACACUGAGAGCAGACUUCCCUAGGAGCUGCUCACUGCUACAACGCCACAACUCACAGCUAGGGGACAAAACACACCCCAACACACACUCACACUGUACACACACCCAGCCGAGAGGAGGCUUUAUCCACUUCUGACCGAGAGGCUUUGUGAAAUUUCCGUGUAUUGAAAUCGAAGUGGACACAAACCCAGUCACAAUGGAAGAGAAUAUGGAAGAAGGACAGAAUUCAAAAGGAUGCUUUGAGUGCUGCGUCAAAUGCCUGGGCGUCCUCCCCUAUGCCUCUCUCUUCGCCACCAUCCUUCUGUACGCUGGGGUGGCGCUGUUCUGCGGCUGCGGGCACGAGGCCCUCUCUGGCACUGUCACCAUCCUGCAGAACUACUUCGAGGUGGUCCGAGCUCCCGUGGAAACCCUGGACGUCUUAACCAUGAUUGACAUCUUGAAGUAUGUCAUCUACGGCGUGGCGGCGGCAUUCUUCGUCUACGGCAUCCUGCUGAUGGUGGAGGGCUUCUUCACCACCGGCGCCAUCAGGGACCUGUACGGAGACUUCAAGAUCACCGCCUGCGGACGGUGCGUCUCCGCCUGGUUCAUUAUGUUGACCUAUAUCUUCUUCCUGGCCUGGUUGGGUGUGACAGCCUUCACCUCGCUGCCCGUCUUCAUGUACUUCAACAUCUGGACCAUCUGUCAGAACACCACCGUGGUGGAGGGGGCCAACCUCUGCCUGGACCUGCGCCAGUUUGGCAUGGUAACUAUCGGGGAGGAGAGGAAGGUGUGCACGGGCUCCGAGAAGUUCUUUAAGAUGUGCGAGUCUAACGAGCUGGACAUGACGUUCCACUUGUUCGUCUGUGCCCUGGCCGGGGCUGGGGCUGCAGUUAUCGCCAUGGCGUCAGCUGCCACGGUCCUCAUCCGUAACAAAGUCCUCCUGACGUCUCAGAGUCUGGGCAAAUACUGCACCCACUUCUGACGGGGGCCUAUCGGUUGGCCAAUCAUCUUUACCCCUGACCUCAGUGGUCUCAGUGACAUCACUGUACGCCGUCAGGAGCUGAGAGGAGCCGACCGCCUCGAUAUCAACAUGGCCGAACUGAACUCUGAACCUCGGAGCUUAGGGGUCGCCCCCAAAGCAUCGCCAGCUCUGUCAUCGGUCACGUCACAUGAUUCUGUUGUUUUUCACUAAAAUAUGCUUUGCUGGCACCACUGAUUCUAAUAACCAAGCUCCUCUGGUUGCUAUCGAUAGGUAUGUUGAUAACCGAGCUCUCCUGUCACUCCCCGUUCACCUGACUAGCACAAAUGCUAACACAGUCGUAACAGACAGAGAGCUCACUAAAGAAUAAGGUUGAUCAACUAAUCCAUCCCUUAAAGUUUGGUUGGUUUGUUUUGGUUUGAAACCAGUGAAGGCACAGUACCACUAAACGAUCUGCUUUGGGCUUUUGGUUACAGCUUUGUCUAAUCAUCUAACUAACUCUGUUUCAGCCUAAUUAAUGAAUCAAUAAACUCUGCCCUGAGGUAUAGGCUCGGUCGAGGGGUUAACAAUCCUCCCACUAACAUCCCUGUAACCCAUGUGUCCCUCUAAUACAGGUCCACUACCUAAUGGUACUGUCUGCUAACUGGGCCUACGUGAAGGACGCGUGUCGGAUGCAGAAGUACGAGGACAUCAAGUCCAAGGAGGAG